CAGCAGGGGCCCUCCUUCAUGAAUGUUCCGGGAAGCAGCGUCUGUGCAGGGUAGGUUGGCCAGGCUGCAGGUGCCAGAGCAGAUUGCAUAAAAGGUUAGGGGCCGGUGGGAAAGGGGUGUAGCCAGAUCCAGCACUGGAGUUUCAGUCUGGACAGCAAGUCAAGUAGCCACCCAGAGUGAACUGGAAAGGGCUUUUGGCCACGGGCUUUCCAUGACAAUGGAGGGUCCCCAGCUCUGCUUAGUCCUCUUGGUCUUAGGCCUCUCCUCCGGAGGUGUGAGCGCAACUCCAGUGCUUGAGGCCCGGCCCCAGGUCUCUUGCUCUCUGGAGGGAGUAGAGAUCAAAGGCGGCUCCUUCCAACUUCUCCAAGACGGUCAGGCCCUGGAGUACCUGUGUCCCUCUGGCUUCUACCCAUACCCUGUGCAGACUCGAACCUGCAAAUCCACAGGCUCCUGGAGUGUCCUCCAGACCCGGGACCAAAAGAUUGUCAAGAAGGCAGAAUGCAGAGCAAUACGCUGCCCACGACCACAGGACUUUGAAAAUGGGGAGUUCUGGCCCCGGUCCCCCUACUACAACCUGAGUGAUCAGAUUUCUUUUCAAUGCUAUGAUGGCUACACUCUCCGGGGCUCUGCUAAUCGCACCUGCCAAGAGAAUGGCCGGUGGGAUGGGCAAACAGCAAUCUGUGAUGAUGGAGCGGGAUACUGUCCCAACCCGGGUAUUCCUAUUGGGACAAGGAAGGUGGGAAGCCAGUACCGUCUUGAAGACACUGUCACUUACCACUGUAGUCGGGGACUUGUCCUACGUGGCUCCCAGCAGCGAAGGUGCCAGGAAGGUGGCUCGUGGAGUGGGACAGAGCCUUCCUGCCAAGAUUCCUUCAUGUACGACAGCCCUCAAGAGGUGGCCGAAGCAUUUCUAUCCUCCCUGACAGAGACCAUCGAAGGAGCAGAUGCGGAGGAUGGGCACAGCCCAGGGGAACAGCAGAAGAGGAAGAUUAUCCUGGACCCCUCGGGCUCCAUGAAUAUCUACAUGGUGCUGGAUGGAUCCGACAGCAUCGGGGCCAGCAACUUCACAGGGGCCAAGCGGUGUCUCGCCAACUUGAUUGAGAAGGUGGCGAGUUAUGGGGUGAAGCCAAGAUACGGUCUAGUGACAUAUGCCACAGUCCCCAAAGUCUUGGUCAGAGUGUCUGAGGAGAGGAGUAGUGAUGCCGACUGGGUCACAGAGAAGCUCAACCAAAUCAGUUAUGAAGACCACAAGCUGAAGUCAGGGACCAACACCAAGAAGGCUCUCCAGGCUGUAUACAGCAUGAUGAGCUGGCCAGGGGAUGCUCCGCCUGAAGGCUGGAAUCGAACCCGCCACGUCAUCAUCAUCAUGACUGAUGGCUUGCACAACAUGGGUGGAGACCCUGUCACUGUCAUUGAGGACAUCCGAGACUUGCUGGAUAUUGGCAGGGAUCGCAAAAAUCCCCGGGAGGAUUAUUUGGAUGUGUAUGUGUUUGGGGUCGGGCCUCUGGUGGACCCUGUGAACAUCAAUGCCUUGGCUUCCAAAAAGAACAAUGAGCAGCAUGUGUUCAAGGUCAAGGACAUGGAGGAUCUGGAGAACGUCUUCUACAAAAUGAUCGAUGAAACCAAAUCUCUGGGUCUCUGUGGCAUGGUGUGGGAGCAUCAGAAAGGCGGUGAUUAUUACAAGCAACCAUGGCAAGCCAAGAUCUCAGUCACUCGUCCUCUGAAAGGACAUGAGAACUGUAUGGGGGCCGUGGUGUCCGAGUACUUCGUGCUGACAGCAGCGCAUUGCUUCACAGUGGAAGAUCAGAAACACUCCAUCAAGGUCAACGUGGAGGGGAAAAGGCGGGACCUGGAGAUUGAAGAGGUCCUGUUCCACCCUAAUUACGACAUCAAUGGGAAAAAGGCAGAAGGAAUCUCUGAGUUCUAUGACUAUGAUGUUGCCCUCAUCAAGCUCAAGACCAAGCUGAAGUACAGCCAGACUCUCAGGCCCAUCUGUCUCCCCUGCACAGAGGGAACCACCCGAGCCUUGCGGCUUCCUCAGACAGCCACCUGCAAACAGCACAAGGAAGAGUUGCUCCCUAUGAAGGACGUCAAAGCUCUGUUUGUAUCCGAGGAAGGGAAGAAGCUGACCCGGAAGGAGGUGUACAUCAAGAAUGGGGAAAAGAAAGCCAGUUGUGAGAGAGAUGCUACAAAGGCCCAAGGCUAUGAGAAGGUCAAAGUUGCCUCUGAGGUGGUCACCCCCAGGUUCCUGUGCACCGGAGGGGUAGAUCCCUAUGCUGACCCCAACACAUGCAAAGGAGACUCCGGGGGCCCUCUCAUUGUUCACAAGAGAAGCCGCUUCAUUCAAGUUGGUGUGAUCAGCUGGGGAGUAGUGGAUGUCUGCAAAGACCCGAGGCGGCAACAGUUGGUGCCCUCCUAUGCCCGGGACUUCCACAUCAAUCUCUUCCAGGUGCUGCCCUGGCUAAAGGAGAAGCUCAAAGACGAGGACUUGGGUUUCUUAUAAGGAGCUUCCUGCUGGGAGGGUGAGGGCAGAUUAAAGCAGCUACAAUACAAAUACAAA